GGAAACAACUGGAAGGCAUCUGGCACACCUCCAUAGUUGUGCACAAGGAUGAGUUCUUCUUUGGCAGUGGCGGUAUCUCCAGCUGUCCCCCGGGAGGAACAUUGCUUGGGCCCCCAGACUCUGUGGUUGAUGUGGGAAGCACAGAAGUCACAGAAGAAAUCUUUCUGGAGUACCUGUCCUCCCUGGGGGAGUCUCUGUUCCGAGGUGAAGCCUACAACCUAUUUGAACACAACUGUAACACCUUUAGCAAUGAAGUUGCACAGUUCCUGACUGGGCGGAAGAUCCCUUCUUACAUCACUGAUCUGCCCUCUGAAGUUCUUUCCACGCCCUUCGGACAGGCACUUCGGCCCCUCCUGGACUCCAUUCAGAUCCAACCUCCUGGAGGGAACACCGUGGGCAGACCCAACGGCCAAAGCUAACAGGACUGCACAGGACCACCUGCCUCUCCAGGGUUUUUCCUUUUUAAACAAAACAAACCCUACCAGAUUUCUAUUUUAUAAUUUUACAUCAGAGCUAACAACCAGGGGAUGGCUUUUUAACUUUCCAGGGAAGGAGAUCAUCAGGCUGCAUGUAGGACAAUGCUGCUAAGAAACAGAACAAAAUGCCACCCCUUCUAAUAGUAUUAUACUAAUUUAUUAA